UGUCGAGUCAGACAUAUAGUUCAGUUGUAUGGAUCGCUAUGAGGUCGCUACUGACUUACCUAGUGGCCGCCGUGGUGGUGGCGGCGUGUGUCCGCGGGGACCGGUACCACCCCGCGGACCCCGGCAGCAGAGCUGACACCGUUGUGAACCGUGCCGAGACCUCAGCCAACUACUGGGCCCAAGAAGCGCAGGCUGCAAUCAAUGCCCGGCUGGCGCACAAGGAGAGCGUGAAGAAGGCGCGCAACGUGGUCAUGUUCCUGGGCGACGGCAUGUCCGUGCCCACGCUCGCCGCCGCGCGGACGCUGCUCGGCCAGCGCCGCGGGCACACCGGCGAGGAGGAUAAACUGCAUUUUGAAACAUUCCCCACCGUUGGAUUGACUAAGACAUACUGUGUCAACGCGCAAGUGCCAGACUCGGCGUGCACUGCCACCGCGUACUUGUGCGGUGUGAAGACCAACAACGGAGUCAUCGGCCUGAACGCGGAGGUGGCGCGCGGCGACUGCGAGGCGUCCACCGACGCCGGCCGACACGUGGAGUCCAUCGCCGAGUGGGCGCUGGCCGACGGCCGCGACGUCGGGAUCGUGACCACGACGCGCGUCACGCACGCGUCGCCCGCCGGCGUGUACGCCAAGAUCGCCAACCGCACCUGGGAGUACGACCUCAGCGUGGCGCUGACCGGCUCCGACCCCGAGCGCUGCCCCGACAUCGCGUACCAGCUGGUGCACAACCACCCGGGCAACAAGUUCAAGGUAAUACUAGGCGGAGGACGACGCAAUUUUGUGCCCGACAAUGUCCUCGACGACGAGCAAAGGUAUGGCAGACGGACGGACAACCGCCAUUUGAUUAAUGAAUGGAACAAAGAUAAGGAAGAUCGAGGAGUCAGCCACAAAUACGUUUGGAAUCGUGAACAGCUAAUGAGUCUCAAAGAUGAUCUGCCGGAGUACAUUUUGGGUUUAUUUCAUAGAUCUCACUUGCCAUAUCACAUGCAAUCAAACUCAGCUAGAGAUCCUACUCUAACCGAAAUGACGGAGAUAGCAAUCCAGUCCCUUAGUAGAAACGAGAAGGGCUUCUUCUUGUUUGUGGAAGGCGGUCGCAUCGACCACGCGCACCACGACAACUUCGCAGAGCUAGCGCUGGACGAGACGCUGGAGAUGGACAAGGCCGUCGCGCGCGCCGCCGAGCUGCUCUCCGAGGACGACUCGCUCAUUGUGGUCACAGCAGACCACGCCCACGUCAUGGCUUACAAUGGAUACUCGGCCCGUGGACAUGACAUCCUCGGCCCUUCCAGAGACUUGGACCUGGACGGAGUGCCUUACAUGACGCUGUCGUACACCAACGGGCCCGGCUUCCGUCCACAUGUGAACGGUAUACGCCCCGAUGUCACCGCUGAGAACGAAUACGAAAAAUUAGAGUGGCGUGCACACGUAGAUGUGCCACGGGACUCGGAGACGCACGGCGGGGACGACGUGGCGGUGUUCGCGCGCGGGCCGCACCACUCCAUGUUCACGGGGCUGUACGAGCAGAGCCAGCUGCCGCACCUCAUGGCGUACGCCGCCUGCAUCGGCCCCGGCAGACACGCCUGCAGCGGCGCCGCGCAUGCGCUGGCCCAGCCUGUGCUGCUGCUCUCUCUCCUUGUACUGCUCACUUCACUAUUCCAACAAUGAUCUGUUGAUUGAUAUUUAAUUUUAUCAUUAAGGACUUUUUUGUGAUUGCUAUUAUUUAUCUGAGCAAGGUUAUUACGAAAGAAACACCGACGCCAAGCAGAAGUGUGUGCAAUAUGCAUUCCAGAUGUAUAGACGUCUCCACCAGUAUCACAAUAAUUAUUAUAUCAGUUUCAAUAUUAUUAUACGAGUAUUUCUAUGUCAAAGGUAUAGACAGAUCUGUUCUAUUUGAUUGAAUAUAUUAGGUUAACGGAAGUGAUACACAACAUAUUAUUGUGACUGUUCAAAAUGUGUUAGUUCUAUUUAUAUUGAAAUAUUGGAAUGUCUCUAUUUAACUUUAACAUGGCCACCUACCUAACUAUUUACCAGUAAGAUUAGCUAAUUCAUUGUCAUCGUAGUUUUGGUAAUUACAAGUUAAAAUAAAUGAUAAUAACAUUCCA